UCUACAUAUAUUUUCGAAUGAUCAAAGGUCAAUUGGCCAAAAUCAGGGAUCUCUGUAAAGGCCACUUAGUCUUUAGAAGGAAUAAGCUAGUCAUUUCGAUUCUGCAUGAUUUUAUGUAAGUCAUGACGGAGGUUCGUACUCACUCCAAAAAAUUAAAAUUCUGAGUUCUCAUAAAAGUGAUUUUCCAGAGGAUUUCUGGAAAAUCUUCGAAGAUUUGGGUGAGUCGGUUGAUUCUUACAUGCUUGAAUAGCCCCAAAGGUCGUAUUCUCAAUCGCGAAAACCUGACCUCGGUAGAUAGCAACGGUCGUGAGUAAUUCAAAAUGCAACCAGCUACAUCCUAUUGUGAAAUGGAUAGUAGACACAUAUUUUCCAAUCGUCGAAAAGUUGCAAGGACUUUUUAGUUGUGUCUAGUUUGGGCUUUUCUUUCUUCUCAUAUAGCUUCUGGAAGAAUAUGACUGCCACAAAAUUUAUAGUUUAAAUCGUGCUCUUUCCAACAAAAAAUAGUUGAUCCUCUUUGAUGUUCCUAAGCGAAGAACCAUAUCUCGACAUUGCGACAAUUGCUUCUGCAUCACAAGAUAUUCGUCGAUAAGGCAGUUUACUGCAAAAGAAAGAUAAAAGACGAACAUGCAUCGAAAAAAGACAUGAAAUAAAAAAAAUCCUGCGAAUUAAAAUCUUGUUUUAUUCAAAAACGAAGUCGAAAAAUUCUUAUAAUUCAAAAAUCAUUUAUCUUAAAUACAAAUUCAUCUUCAUAUAUUUUUUUAUUUGUUCAAGUUCGGCCAGACAUUGAAGAAGGAUUCUUGUACGGAGCUUUGAUUUCACAGUGGAUAAAUUCUCUACGAACACCUCAAUCAAUCGCUCAACAUGCAACUCUCUUUGAACAAGAUCUUUGUCAAUUGAUCGAACAAAUGAAAAAAUUCACUUUUCUUGUUAUUUAUGGGCAAAUUCAACCUGAUAAAGUUGAAUCUUAUCGUUUAAUGGUUCAAACUCGUUUCCCAAAUACUCGAAGCGUUGUCGAAAGAACAAGAUUUUGUCUUUGGCUUUGA